GGCUGGCAGCGGGACCCCAGCGGCACCAUGUCUGCCCUCGGAGUCACCGUGGCCCUGCUGGUGUGGGUGGCCUUCCUCCUGCUGGUGUCCAUGUGGAGGCAGGUGCACAGCAGCUGGAAUCUGCCCCCAGGCCCUUUCCCACUUCCCAUCAUCGGGAACCUCUUCCAGUUGGAAUUGAAGAAUAUUCCCAAGUCCUUCACCCGGCUGGCCCAGCGCUUCGGGCCGGUGUUCACGCUGUACGUGGGCUCGCAGCGCAUGGUGGUGUUGCACGGCUACAAGGCGGUGAAGGAAGCGCUGCUGGACCACAAGGACGAGUUCUCGGGCAGAGGCGACCUCCCCGCGUUCCAUGCGCACAAGGACAGGGGAAUCAUUUUUAAUAAUGGACCUACCUGGAAGGACAUCCGGCGGUUUUCCCUGACCACCCUCCGGAACUAUGGGAUGGGGAAACAGGGCAACGAGAGCCGGAUCCAGAGGGAGGCCCACUUCCUGCUGGAAGCACUCAGGAAGACCCAAGGCCAGCCUUUUGACCCCACCUUCCUCAUCGGCUGCGCGCCCUGCAACGUCAUAGCCGACAUCCUCUUCCGCAAGCAUUUUGACUACAAUGAUGAGAAGUUUCUAAGGCUGAUGUAUUUGUUUAAUGAGAACUUCUACCUACUCAGCACUCCCUGGCUCCAGCUUUUCAAUAAUUUUCCCAGCUUUCUACACUACUUGCCUGGAAGCCAUAGAAAAGUCAUAAAAAAUGUGGCUGAAGUAAAAGAGUAUGUGUCUGAAAGGGUGAAGGAACACCAUCAAUCUCUAGACCCCAACUGUCCCCGGGACCUCACCGACUGCCUGCUCGUGGAAAUGGAGAAGGAAAAGCACAGUGCAGAGCCCUUGUACACAAUGGACGGUAUCACCGUGACUGUGGCCGACCUGUUCUUUGCGGGGACAGAGACCACCAGCACAACUCUGAGAUAUGGGCUCCUGAUUCUCAUGAAAUACCCUGAGAUCGAAGAGAAGCUCCAUGAAGAAAUUGACAGGGUGAUUGGGCCAAGCCGAAUCCCUGCCGCCAAGGAUAGGCAAGAGAUGCCCUACAUGGAUGCUGUGGUGCAUGAGAUUCAGCGGUUCAUCACCCUCGUGCCCUCCAACCUACCCCAUGAAGCAACCCGAGACACCAUUUUCAGAGGAUACCUCAUCCCCAAGGGCACAGUCAUAGUGCCAACUCUGGACUCUGUUUUGUAUGACAACCAAGAAUUUCCUGAUCCAGAAAAGUUUAAGCCAGAACACUUCCUGAAUGAAAAUGGGAAGUUCAAGUACAGUGACUAUUUCAAGCCAUUUUCCACAGGAAAACGAGUGUGUGCUGGAGAAGGCCUGGCUCGCAUGGAGUUGUUUCUAUUGUUGUGUGCCAUUUUGCAGCAUUUUAAUUUGAAGCCCCUCAUUGACCCAAAGGAUAUCGACCUCAGCCCUACACAUAUCGGGUUUGGCUGUAUCCCACCACGUUACAAACUCUGUGUCAUUCCCCGCUCAUGAGUUUGUGGAGGAUAACCUGAAUCCUCCACUUUCAAACAAGUUUUCGAAUUGUUUGAGGUCAGGAUUUCUCAAACUGAUUCCUUUCUUUGCAUAUGAGUAUUUGAAAAUAAAUAUUUUCCCAGAAUAUAAAUAAAUCAUCACAUGAUUAUUUUAA